GGGCUGAAGAGUCUCGCGCGGACGCCGCGGGCUCCCCAGCUUCUGUCUGGGGAGUCAGGCGUGCGGAGGCGACUGAGGAGGCGGGAAGGCGGUAGUGGUUGAACGGGAAGGGGCGAUUGCUGAUUUGCUGGGAGGAAGUCCGAGGGAGUGGGCCGUCAUGGUGAUGGCGGCGAAGAAGGGCCCGGGGCCGGGUGGCGGGGUCGGCGGGGGAAAGACGGAGGCGGAGGCGGCUUCGGAGGUGUGGUGUCGCCGGGUGCGGGAGCUGGGCGGCUGCAGCCAGGCCGGGAACCGCCACUGCUUCGAGUGCGCCCAGCGCGGGGUCACCUACGUGGAUAUCACCGUGGGCAGCUUCGUCUGCACCACCUGCUCCGGCCUCCUGAGAGGCCUGAACCCCCCGCAUCGAGUCAAAUCCAUCUCCAUGACAACUUUCACUGAGCCUGAAGUAGUAUUCCUGCAAUCCCGUGGAAAUGAGGUUUGCAGGAAGAUUUGGCUGGGUCUUUUUGAUGCUCGGACAUCUUUAAUACCAGAUUCCAGGGAUCCUCAGAAAGUGAAGGAAUUUCUCCAGGAAAAAUAUGAGAAGAAGAGAUGGUAUGUCCCCCCAGAUCAAGUCAAGGGGCCCACUUACACCAAAGGCAGUGCCUCCACCUCUGUCCAGGGCUCCAUCCCGGAAGGGAAGCCUCUGCGUCCACUUCUGGGGGACCCUGUGUCAUCUCUUUCAGCUGAUGCCUCCACCUCUAGCCAGUCUGUUAGCCAGUCUCAGGCUCGGAUAUCUCAGCCCCGGAGCGCUCAGCCACCUCCCCACUCCUCGGCCAAGAAAGCCAGUACUGACCUGCUGGCUGACAUUGGUGGAGACCCCUUUGCUGCUCCCCAGACAGGACCAUCAUUUGCUGCAUUCCCAGCCUUUGGGGGCCAGACACCUUCCCAUGGGGGCUUUGCCAACUUCGAUGCCUUUGGCAGUAGCCCCAGCUCUUCUGCAUUUGGAAGCAUUCCUCUGGCUCGCCAAACCCCGUUUCAGGCCCAGCCAACAGCCACAGCCAGUGGGAUGCUAACUGGAAGUUACAGCUUUGGGAGCAGCCAGGUGACUCCAUUUGGUGCCUCCCCUCUUGCACCUGCCAGUCAGCCCCACAGCCUCACCGAUAUGGGCGGCCUCCUGGGACCUGGGGCAUCAGCUGGAAGCCUCCCUAGCAGCAUCUUUGGGAUGACCAGCCAGGUGCCCACACUCCAGUCGGCCACACCUGGCGGAGGUGGCGGCACAGGGCUUGCCUUUGGAGCGUUCACCAACCCUUUCACAGCACCUGCUGCUCACCCUCAGCUGCCUUCCACAAACCCAUUCCAGCCCAAUGGCUUGGCCACAGGACCUGGCUUUGGGAUGAGCAGUGCUGGACCUGGCUUCUCCCAGGCGGUGCCACCCACCGGGGCCUUUGCCAGCACCUUCCCACCACCAAUGUUCUCCCUGCAGACCUCGAUGACUCAGCAGCAGAAUGGAUCUUCCUUCAGUGACUUAGGAUCAGCCAAGCUGGAACAGAGGCCACUCAGCCAGCCAGGGGGCGUCUCCACCAAUCCCUUCAUGACUGGAUCCUCAUCAAGCCCAUUUGCCUCCAAACCUCCCACCACCAACCCUUUCUUGUAGCACUGUGUCCUGGGGGGCGGUGGCGGUGGCUCUUCCCUGCUCUCUGGGACCCUUCUACUCCCUGCAGCUCUGGUGACCACUUGCCUGUGGCAUUUCUGAGGGUCUGAGACCAGAGUGGGCCUUGUUGUGCGGGGUAGGGGUCUUGGAGAUGGAGGUGCUAAUGCUUUGCUUGGAGCUUGCAUAUAAAAGGCAGCUUCCUCCCUUCUUCCUUCCAGCCCCCACCCAGGCAGGAGGCCUAGGAGAGAAGGCAGGGCCUGGCUUAGAGGAGCAAUAGUGUUUUAUUUCUCAAAUUAUUCAUUACAAUGACAGUAAUCCCCCUCCUCUCCUGCCCUCAGCAUACACAGUGCUCCCUUAGUUCCCAACCCCGUGGGCAGAGGAAGCUGUGGGCAAAGGCCGACCAGGUUGCCCUGGGGGAACUCGGCGCCAUGUCCAGCUCUCCACACUGUUCUCGUGGACAGCAGCACGGGGGGGGGGGGGAGAGCACAGUAAAGGUGGCUGAGGUGUGGUGCUGACGUGGGAUAGUGAUCGGACAGGCUGAGAAGGCGCUGGGGCCCUGGCUUGGGCCAGCACACCCCUUUCUCCAUGGUUUUUGCUUCCCUAGCUCUCUCCCUCACCCUGGACACUCAGAAUGACUAGUUUUACCUACAUACUUAGACAUGUCCAACUCCUGUCAAGCACUUUAGUUAGUUGUGGUGUCAUGUUUGGAUACCAGUGUUUUAUAUUUAUAUAGAGAGAAUUUUCUAAUAUAGCCUAUUAUAUAUAUAUAUAUACACAGAGAGAGAUAUAUAUAUACACACAAGCAGCCAUUCUCCCUCUCCCAGACAGCUCUUUUACAUGGGGAAUGGGAUGGAUCCCCAUCUGUGCCUCAACCAGCAAAGCCAGAGCUCCGGAGGGUAGGGGGAGGGCAGCCACAUGUGAGCACCCCAGAGCCUGGGCUUUUCCAGGGAAAGGCUUUGUGCAAUUGGCUACCUUUUUCCUUUCUUUUUUCCAUGUACCUCCCUGGCCCCCAAAUCUCUGCACCAAAGCUGUUAAUAGGCAAUGUUGGAAAAGAACAUUUCAUUUGAAAGAAAAAGAAAAUGGCACUCGG